CUUUUAUCUACAAAAGAUUAGCGGUUCUUGAGGAGAGAGGAACUCAGUAUCAAGAAAAAGGAGAAAGAAGUAUGGGAAGAGGGAGAGUGGAGAUGAAGAUGAUAGAGAACAAAAUCAAUAGACAAGUGACCUUCUCAAAAAGAAAAAACGGGUUGUUAAAGAAAGUUUAUGAGCUCUCUGUUCUCUGCGAUGCUGAAGUUGCUCUCAUCGUCUUCUCUAGCCGCGGCAAGCUCUAGGAGUUCGGCAGUGUCGGAGUGUUGGAGGAAGGCUAACGAAGAGGAGGAAGUAGAGGAGGAACUCGUUGACUCCCUCACUAUGGAGAUGGAAACAGCGCCCCCUUGGACACCCCGAAUCCCGACCUGCCAAAUCGAUGCUUCAUGGAUCGCCAAUGGCAGCGUCAGUGGCUUAGGGUGGAGUUUUAAGGAUCACAUGGGCUCUGAAUUCUUUGGAUUGCGAGCGUGUAGGAGGACCCUCUCAGCUUUACAUGCUGAGAUGGAAGGUCUACUCUGGGCAGCUUCAUGUAUUAGGAACAUGAGGAUAACCACGAUGAGGUUCGAGACAGAUUGUACGGACCUAGUAGAUAUGGUCACAAACCCGGAAGAUUGGCCUGCUUUUGUGAGAGAGACCGACUUGUUUCGGAGCCUCCAGGAGGGUUUUGAGGAUGUGAGAGUUUCUCAUAUUCCACGGGAUCGGAAUGGACGUGCAGACGCUUUAGCUAAGGAGGCAAGAAAUAGAAGUUAUACCUUUAUCCACAUAGAUCAGACCCGGUCAGACGGAGGGGAUCCUCGGAGAACCGACUCGUCUAACCACCACUUGAUCUAAUGAAGAUGGACAGCCGACAAAAAAAAAAAAAAAAAAAAUUAAGCUAAUGAUCUCUUGUGUGUAAUAAUAUUUUCUGCUGAAUUUGCAGAGUUGAAAGAACAAUUGAACGGUAUCAUCGUUGCUACAACUGUUCUCUGAGCAAUAAUAGGCCUGAGGUGUCUACACAGAAUUGGUGUCAAGAGGCACUUGCUUGGAGAAGAUCUUGGAGAAAUGAGCGUGAAGGAACUGCAAGGGUUGGAGAGGCAGCUGGAAGCCGCUCUUUCUGCCACUCGAAAACGCAAGACACAAGUUAUGAUGGAAGAAAUGGAAGAUCUUCGGAAAAAGGAGAGACAACUCGGAGACAUAAACAAACAACUUAAGAUUAAGUUUGAGGUCGAAGGCCAUGCUUUCAAAUCGUUGCAAGACUUAUGGUCAAACACGACAGCAUCAGUGCCCAGUGAUCCCAACAAUUCUGAAUUUCCGAUUCAGCCUAGUGCAGUGGAUUGCAACACCGAACCUUUUUUACAAAUUGGGUUCCAGCAACAUUACUACAUGCAAGGUGAAGAUUCUUCUGUAUCAACAAGAAACAUGGGAUGUGAGACCAAUUUCGUCCAGGGUUGGGUUCUUUGACAUGUUGUUGACUACAUCCAAAGGCCACUAGUGUCACGGCAAUUUCAGCUCUAAAGCUCAAUUUUCCAGUUACACUUGUUCUUAGCUCAAACUCGUUUGAAUGUAUUCGCAUGUUUGGGUUCUUUAAAUACUUUCUUCCCGUUUGUGUUUUCUCCCUUGUCUAAAAACAUUUGUUUGGGUUUACUAACACUCAUUUUCAUAAUCAUAAGAA